AUGUCUUGGAUGAUCGGCUCAUUCUUGUUUUGGUUGAUGGUUGAUCUGGUACUUUACUUAAAGGACACUCUUGUGAUUGGAGGCCCAUGUAGCCCUUGUGGCUCUGAACCCUUUGGUGCUGGCUUAUGUGGUGCUGACUCCAAUGGCUCUGGCUCGUGUGGCUUUAACCCUUCUAGCGUUGGGAAUUGUGAUUUCGAUCUCUGUGGUGCUUGCCCCUGUAGUUUCAACCUUAAUGGCUCCAUUAGCUCGUGUGGCUCCAACCUUUGUGGCAUUGGCCCCAAUGUCUCUAAUCGUUAUGGUGUUAGCCCUUAUGGCACCAGCCCUUCUAGUGUUGGCCCCACUGGCUUUGGCUCUUGUGGUGCUUGCCUCAGUGACUCUAGCCCCUGUGGCCACCCUCCAUUGAAUUAG